AUGGAAGACAACCCGCCAAAGCUCGACUCCGAGCUGGAGUCUUUCCGUCAACAAUGGAAGACGGAGCUUCAGUCCAAGAAGUCGGUUCCAGAGCCGCGCGGAUCUCACUCAAAGAAAGCCGUGCCCUCAUCGUCCAAGGCGAUUGUAGCCCCUGAAAGUUCUAGAACCGCAACAAACAAGAAGUCCCAGAUUGAAGAGGACGAGGAAUAUGCCCGUGCAUUGACAAUCGAUGAGCCGGCACCUCCGCCGUCUUCAGGGAGGACUUUGGAUCAGCCGGAACCACCAAAGGCGAAGGAGCUGGUCUCGGCCUUGGAUCACUUUGAAGAGGCGGUGGAGAAGGAGGCAAUUGGUAAUUUGGGCGAUAGCUUGAAGCUCUACCGAAAGGCUUUCCGGAUGGACAACCGUGUGGAUUUGGCCUACAGGAAAAAGCAUUUCCCUGCAGCUGUGGGGAAGCCUGUGCAGACAGCAACGUCAGCCACGCCGGCCGCCACCUCAAGUGCGGCCGAUAAGUCAGCAGAGACGCAGCAGCAGACUAUGAGUGAGCUCAUCGCGAGAUUCUCAGGUCUCUCUGUGGCAGCAGCUCCUCCUCCAGUGGAGGGAGACCCGGCGCCUCCUUGCCCCAUCGCCGAACUACCCGAGGAAAUUCUAGUCCACAUUUUCAAGGACCUGGCUGUUCUUGAUGUUGGCGAUUACGUGCGUCUGUCUCUCGUUUGCAAGCGUUUCGCCUACAUUGUCGCCACGGAGCAGUCCAUCUGGCGUCGCAUCGCAAUGGGCACCGAGUUCGGUUUUGCUGGAAUGCAUUACCACUGGCAGAAGGGCAUCUCGUGGGAGCCCCUGGGCACGGCGGAGGAAAUUGAAGACACAGACUUUGUCAGCAUGGAGGAGCUCAACCAACAUCGUGAGGAAGAGAAGGAAGCAACAACUCUUGUCCUCUUACCGGAGCUGUAUUCCUCGUCGUGGCUGAAGCUUUGGCGGCACCGACCUCGCAUUCGCUUCAACGGGUGCUACAUCUCCACGGUGAACUACAUCCGCGCUGGCGGAGCCAACGCGAACCAGAUCACCUGGAACAGUCCUGUUCACAUCGUCACAUAUUACCGCUACCUACGCUUCUUCCGCGACGGUACGGUCAUAAGCCUACUCACCACCGCCGAGCCGGGCGACGUCGUGCACUACAUGACCAAAAGCCACCUGGAGCAGCACGUCGGUGGCAACGCAGCUCAUCUCCCUUCUAUCCUUAUGCAGGACGCCCUGAAGGGACGCUGGCGGUUGUCGUCAGCUUUAGACCAUUCUGAUGCACCUCUGGGUGAGACAGAAGGCGACCUCUUCGUCGAGACGGAGGGAGUCGCGCCCAAGUACAUGUACAAGAUGGAUAUGUCGACGCGAAACGCUGGUAAGGGGGCGCGGAACACGAAGCUCGUUUGGAAGGGCUUCUAUAGCUAUAACAAGCUAACGGAUGACUGGGGCGAGUUCGCCCUGAAGAACGAUAAGCCCUUUUAUUUCAGCAGGGUUAAGAGCUACGGCGCUGGGCAGUGA